AUGAAUAAUGCAAAUGUAAAUGGACCAAGUCACGCAAGCUCCAUAGUCCCAUUAUGCAGAAUUUUGAAAUAUUCGAACACGGAAUUGGCAUGGUUACUCAUAGCUCGAGGUGCAAAUAUCAAUUCGAACAAUGAUGGCAGUGGAAAUCGACCGACACAUCAACUCGUGAUCGCUGUUGGGCAGGAAGCAGGAGCGAACAGGACAAGGCUGACAGAGAUAAUGGAAUAUAUGCUACAGAAUGUAGUCGAGGUAGAGGCAAGAAAUCGUGAAGGAGUAACAGCUGCGCAUCUAGACGUACGACAGAGAUACAUAGGAAUAUUUAAUUUAUUUAUUGAGCACGAUGUGAAUAUGGACAUUGAGGACGAAAAAGGAAGAACACCAUUAUUCUACGCGGUGGAAUAUGGACAAUCGGAAAAAGUAAAUGCAUUAUUAAAGCAAGGGGCUAGAGUGAAUCAUAGAGAUUCCCAUGGAAUGACACCGCUGUUUAUGAUAUUUAAGAAAAUUUUGACUCACCGGUAUGAAGGAAACAAUUUGUAUAGUCCGGAUCACAUAAGAAAGAUAGAAAUAACGGAAAUGUUAAUAAGAUUUGAAGCCGAUGUCAAUUAG